AUGCUGCGCCCCGGCUUCCUGGGGGCGCCUCAGGAGUUUGGCCUGAGAUACUGCGACGGCAAGCCUGCGCAGUACAACAUGCAGGCCACGUACCGCGGCUACGACUUCAGGCAGGCGCAGGGAGCGGGGCUGCGCAGCGGCCGUGGCGGCCGCUGGCCGGCGGCCGCCGCCGGGGGCAGCAGCAACCUGGUGGAGCUGCAUGAGCUGCUGGAAAGCCACAUCAUGGUCAGGCGGCUGAAGAAGGACGUGCUGGACGACUUGCCGGAUAAGAUCCGGAAGCGCAUCCCGAUUGAGCCCGACCCGGCGCACGUGCCCGGGCUGCAGAAGACGGUGCGCGAGAUGAAGCAGGUGGAGCAGGAUGAAGUCGGCGGGCGGAUCAGCGGGGAGGAGGCGGUUAGGGCGCGGCAGCAGCUGCUGAGCGAGUACUACAGGCGCACCGGCCCCGCCAAGGUGCAGGACGCCCGGGCCCACAUCGUCAGCCUGCUGGAGGCAGGCGUCAAGGUGCUGGUGUUUGCGCACCACCAGGCUGUGCUGGACGGCCUCCAGGCGGCGCUGAGGGAGGAGCAGGUGGCGCACGUGCGCAUCGACGGCCAGGCAAGUGCGCCGCUGGCGGCGGCAGCCAGCUCGGUGUUGAACGAGCGACGCAAGGCGGCGGUGGACACGUUCCAGCGGGACCGCGCCUGCCGCGCCGCGUUGCUCUCCAUCACCGCCGCCGGCACGGGCAUCACGCUCACCGAGGCGCAGGCUGUUGUGUUUGUGGAGCUGUACUGGAACCCGGGGCAGCUGGUGCAGGCGGAGGACCGCGCCCACCGGCUGGGGCAGCGCCGCGUGCUGGAAGUUCAUUACCUUGUAGCUCCGGGCACAGCGGACGACACCAUCUGGCGCCUUUGCCAGCACAAGCUGGGCGUGGUGGGGGGCGCAAUGGGGGAGGAGGACGCUGAGCAAGCCUUUGGCGCGGUGGGGUCGGCUCAGAAGUAUCGCUCCGCCGGCGAGCGGCUGGCGCAGGUGGCCGAGCAGCAGCAGCAGCAGCAGCAGCAGCAGCAGCAGCAGGGGGCAUCGCAGGAGGAGGAGGUGGUUGUCAUCAGCGACAGCGAUGAGGACCCACUCCCGGCUGCAGUCAGGCGCAGAGCAGGCGGGGGCCGCGGCGAAAGCACCGUGACCGAGGUUCUGAGCGAUGGAGAGGAGGAGGUGGCGGAGAUGGGGGCGGGGCGGCGUGCAAAGCGGGAGCAAGUCGAGCGCGCGGGUGGCGACGAGGAUGAGCCCCCGCUGCAGCAGCGGCGGCGCCUGGCUCCCGCCCCGGCUGGUCCUUUGGACGAUGCGUCUGUGGUCCUUUUGUGA